AUGGCCUCCACUACAGGUGGCCGCUGUACUAUGGUGGGGCUGGCCGAUGCACGGGUCGCAGAAGCGCAUACGACCGCGCACGGCGGCUUCUUCUAUGUGCGUGAAUUUAUAUCAGCAGAAGAAGAAGCCUAUCUUAUCCGCAAAAUUGAUAGCGCACCACGGCCACAAUGGAAGCAUCUCAAACACAGGCGCCUGCAGCAGUGGGGCGGUGAACUGGCCGAGCGCACAGGAGCGCUGCUGCCGGCCGCCUUGCCAGCGCAUGUGACAGACUACCCGGACCUCGUCGCCCGCAUUGCAGCGACGGGCGCUUUCCAUGAGAGCCGGCAUGCCGCUCCGAACCACUGCGUAUGUCUAGUGCAUCUGACCCAGCUUGUCAAUGAGUAUCUACCAGGCCAAGGCAUUUUGCCACAUACAGAUGGUCCGGCAUACUUUCCCGCUGUAGCGACCAUCAGCUUGCAAGGGCACACACUACUCGACCUCUACGCGAACGUACCUGGAGAGGCGUGUCCGGCGGAGCCUGUUUUUUCUCUGCUGCAGGAGCCCCGCAGCCUGCUGGUCACUUGUGGCGAUGCCUAUACCCAGUUCCUCCACGGUAUUGCGGAGCGGGAUGUGGAUGAGCCUGUGCACAUGUCGCGCAUCGCCAACAAAGAAGCGCUCAGUGGUGCAUGGCGGGUGGCCUGCGAGCAUGGCGCUUUGCUGCGCACACGUCGUGUGAGCCUCACGUUCCGCGACGUCGAAAAGGUACACAAGGGCUUACGUCUCGGGAAGUUACACACAUAG